UGUUUUGAGUUUGUUGUUCUAUGAGCUUGAGCUUGAGCAUUCACUUUCAAUUUCAAUAUAAAUGGGAUUGGAUUCUGGGCUCUUCCUAUUUAUAAUUCCACUUUCUAAAUAGCAUAGCUAAGCCAUGGUCAAGUUUUUGGGCACCCAGCUCUCUCUCUUCUUCUCUUCCUCUCAGAGUCAUUUCUGAGGUACACUCCACCCCACCCCACCCCUCUCUCUCUCUCUCUCUGCCCUUUCUUUGGGUCCCUAUAUGCUUCUUCAAAUUCCAGUCUUUGUCAAUAGAACCCCCAGAAGUGAAAAAGGAGUUUCAGGAAACGAACAGGUAAGCUGCAUUUUGCUUAAAUGGCGCAUUGAAGGAGAAUCGGGGCUGUUUUGGUAGAGACAUGGCUUCAUUAUAUGCUAUGGGAGUGUAAGAGAUUGUAGACGACGAUCUUAAGAAUCAUCUGUCCGAAUUUGGAUUCGAUUUCAAUUCAUUUGAUCCUUUUCUAUGGAUCCUCUGCCGCCCUAUUCGGGAUCAACGAAAAGGGCAAAAGCAUUGGGAAAUAUUGGCCAAGUUGCUCAUUGCUUGGUCGACGGCUGCGACGCCGAUUUGAGUCAGUGCCGGGACUAUCACCGGCGGCAUAAAGUGUGCGAACGGCACUCGAAGACGCCAAGAGUCUAUAUUGGGGGUCGAGAGCAGCGAUUCUGCCAGCAAUGCAGCCGGUUCCAUUCUUUGGUGGAAUUCGACGAGGGCAAGAGAAGCUGCCGGAAACGGCUCGACGGGCACAACCGACGGCGCCGGAAGCCUCAACCCGAUCCGGGCCUCGUCCGAAGUAACUCGGGACUGAUUUUCUCGACCCAACAAACCAUGGGAGGUUCAAGGCUUCUCUCAUUCACCUCGCCGGAAAUACUCCCGACCGCCGUCGUCGGGAACUCAUCUUGGCCGGGGAUCGACGUCAAGCCCGAAAACGAAAUCCCGUUUUACGGCAACCACCUGAAUUACGACGAGAGACCCGAUAUGUUCUCCUCCGAGUUCAUACCCGGCGGCAGGGAUCACACGUUCCCCGCCCACCGCCACCACGACGAGCCGUCCUCCGCCUGCCAGCCGCUCUUGAGCCCGAACACCAAUGCAGGCUCGGAGCGUGCUCUCUCUCUUCUGUCAUCCUCAACAAGGGAGUUUGUCCUGAACCAUGGUGUCCAAACCGAGCCCGCCGCGCUCCCGCCGUUGCCCUACGGCGGGGCGGGCAGUCUGGGCAGGUAUGCGUACCUUCAAGAGACGAGGCCGGCGGGUUCUGCCUCCGACUCCCACAGCAGCAACACGUCGUCGACUCUUCAUUUCCCGGAAAUGUUCCAGCUGGCGCCCGAGGGAUCGUCCACCGUCGGAUCACCUCAUCACCAAACGCUUACGUUCACGUGGGAGUAGUAGUCGUUGAUUCGAUUGUUUAUUUACGCGCGCACGUAGCUGCGUGAAAUGUACCGUUCCCGAUUAGAUGUUGCAUUCUUUUUACUCUCUGCGCCGGCAUUCGGGCUUGUCGUCGUCGUUGUUGCGUUUCCGGCGCCGGCGCCGGUAAUGUUGUGGGUAUAUGAUCAUUUUGUUUUGUGAAUUGGGUUGUCCCAAGUGUCUCGCGCAAGAAAAGUUCUGUUAUAUUAAAUACUCAAUUUUUUACUAUUUA